AUGAAGAGGCGGAAGUCCGUGUUACAGGAGAUGGUGUUGAACAGGGGUGGCAUCGGCUCACCGGAGACGCCGCUGCUUCGGCUUCCAUUCACUUUGGGCUUCUUGGACGGUUGGGCCGUGCUCCCCCUCCACCCAGAGAGGGUCAUGGAGGAGCUUCGGGUGUCAUUGGAGGUUCUGAGACGGCCCGGCAUAUCAGCCGUGUCCAUGCGGCACAAGCUUCUUGCCGUCGGUGAUUUCCAUCAGAUUUACAGCUUUAAUCUUCAGGGGAAGCUUCUGCCGGCGCUGCUUGAUAGCGAGUACAGCUCCCGCUGCCUCACCGCUCGUGCAUACGGCUUUCUGCAUCCCUGGGUGCUGAUGCAGCUGAUGGGGCUUUGCAGGUUGCAGAAAUCUCUCAGCUUGGGCCGCUUACUUCGUUUCCUGGGCUGGAAAGGCGAGUCCGAGGACAGCACUGACGGGGAGGAGAUACCUUCCGAGGGUUGUGGCCAGUGCACGUGCUAUUCUAUGGAUCACCAGCUGGGCGAUCUUUUCGAUGCAGAUGUUUACCUGUACAGGCACCAGGAGUUCGGCUGGGAGCGAUUCCCGGCUGCUGGGGGCAGGUCUUACACUCAACUUGCCGAGGCACCCAGCGGACUCUUCCGGCGGUCCGACGACUAUGAGGUCUUCGACUUCAGUGCGGUGCCAGUGAUGCUGGCCGCGGAGCGGCCCGCGGGGGCGGAAGGCGUGGUGCUGCUCCCUCUGGACUUUUUUGGCCGCUGUCGGGAGCAGUUCAGCUGGCUGCUGAUUGACCUUAUGCAGGCGCUGACGCUGAUCUUGAACCAGGGCUUUGAGAAUGCGACCUUGGUAGAGCCACUGCUUCACCACGUGGUGGAGGACGCUCUUUACAUGCAUUCCGGCCAGUGGGCAGAUCUCACUGCACAUAGAUCGGAGGAAGAGGCCGUCCGGGAGGUUUGCCAGCUGUCGGGCCGUGAUGAAACUUUCCGCUUCGCCGACGUUUUCGACGUGGCGCAUUUCCGGAAAGAGCUCCAGUCUCUGGGUGUGGAGCGCACGGUGAGCUUCGACGACUUCUUGGAGCAAGGGGGUUCAAUCGACACUCUCUUCCUCUUGAACACCGCGUUUCAGCCUGGGGGAGCCUGGGUCCGCCGUAUCUUCGCAGAGCCGUUGCUCCACUGCCGGGACGAUGAGCACUUCAAUGGCUUUGUGAAAGCCUUCGACGGGCGUGACGUGUUUGUGAAGCGCGUAGUCUGCCUCGCAGCAGAUGCCUCGAAUACGUCUGUCCAUCUGGAUGGAGAUAAGUUUCAGCGCGAGAUGCGAGAAGCGCUGAAACAUGGCAGUCGGCUGGGCUUUCAGCUCUAUUUCUGGUCGGGGCCUGAACGGACGCGCUUCAAGCUCCACUGGGGCCAGCUGGGUUGGCUCCCCCCCUUAUGGCGAGUGCUGAAGUUUCAUCCUGACAUCGAGAAGCUUGCUGAUGCCACUGUCCGCUCCUUCCAGCAGCCUGGACUCCCUUUUGUGGCCGUCCACUGGCGGUGGCGGGACCUCGCUGCAGGUGGGCUAAUGGAGUAUUACGAGACUGAGCUCGUGCAGCACUACGCUAGAGCCGCGAUGCCGGAGGAGCUCUAUGAAUCGCUGGUCUCGUGUGUCCCAGAGCACCUACACUGCGCGGACCUCUUUGUGAUGACGAAUCUUGCCAGCACGUCUGAGAACUUUCAGACGCUUCAGGCGCAGCAUGCCAGCGCCUGGGGCGCCAACAGGCUCCACUCCCUCGACACGCUGAGCGCCCUGAUCCCAGAACGUCCCAACAGCUGGGGGAAGCUCCACGUCUUUAUGCUGGACAUGGCCAUCAGUGUCAGGGCGAACUUCUUCCUUGGAUAUGGUGGCGGAUGGGCCGGAGACCAUGCGAAUGCUGGGUCCUUGGUGGUGCAGCAGCUUCGCUUGGUCGCAGGCCGGAGCUAUUGGUGUGCAGCAUGGAUGCACGAUGAUGCUUGCUCAUAUGCUGGUGCGCGCAUGAUCUCGGAAGCUUCGCCGUCCUGUUCGACUUGA